GCGUAAAGACACAUUCUCAGCGAACGGCGUACAAAUAACACGACUUCCGUUCCCAGUACGUCGGCCGGGUUUACGGUUUAAGUUAAAUCGUGGUUUUCGAGAAGAGACUCUCCCCGCCGAUAUCAAAAUUUCAUAUGUUUAUCGGCUAGGAAGAUAAAUCAAACGCCUAUCCGCCGCUCGGAGGCAAUUGCUAUGGCUGCCAUUUGAAGCCGGCUAUCGACUAGUUGUCCUGCCAGACUAAGGAAGUGCAGGCCAACACGCGGGUUUACUAAACUGUCGCUUUUGUUCCUGUCGGUAUCGGAGAGAAAAGGACCGUUUGCAAAUUGUGCCUCCUUAUCAGUGACACAAGCUUUUCAGUUGGCCACCGAUUUUCUUACUUAAAUUAUGGAAGACAAUGUAGACGAUGAUUCCCAGUAUAGGAUGAAGGAAGGAGACUACGUUGUGUUGAAACGAGGAGAUAUCUACAAAGCUGUGCAGAUUGAAUCACGGAAGAAGGUGAUUUUUGAGAAACAGUGGAUCUUCCUUGAUAAGGCAGUUGGGAUGUUCUACGGCACCACAUUUGAAAUUGAAUCAGGAGGAAACCUGGAACCAUUGGAGCUCGACAGCAAAGGCAGCUCAGGCAGCUUCACGGAUGCAAAAGAGGCAGGCACAGACAACAGAAACAUAGUGGAUGAUGGGAAAUCUCAGAAACUAACCAGGGAUGACAUUGAGAUGCUGAAAGAGCAAGGCCUGAAGGGACAGGAAAUCAUCCAAGAGCUUAUAAAUAACAGUACAACAUUCAGCGAAAAGACUGAGCUUUCACAGGACAAAUACAUAGAGAAGAAGCAAAAAAAGUACGAAACUCAUUUGACAAUCCUCAAACCUUCCUGCCGUGUCUUAGCUUUGAUGUAUCAUGGCAGAGAACCAGGGAAGAUCUGUCACCUGAGGUAUGACACAUUGGCCCAGAUGCUGACCAUGGUGAACAUCCACGCUGGCAGCAAAGUUCUUGUGUUUGAGACUUGUGCUGGCCUGGUGCUGGGCGCUGUCAUGGAGAGGAUGGGAGGCUACGGUUCAGUUAUUCAAAUGUACCCAGGAGGCGGCCCUGUCCGGGCAUGCGUGGAGAGCUUUGGCUUCCCUGCUCACUUCCAUGAUAUGCUGCAUGCGUUCCCCAUCUGCCAGGUCAAUGCUCUGCUGGCAGGCACCCUAAACACUACUGAAAAACAGCCCAGUGCUGGUGUAAAGCAGCCUGUAAAGGCCAUAGAAGAGGAGGAGCAGACCCAGCCCAACCAAGAGCAGGAGGGCAGUUCUGAAGAACAGAAAAUGGAGACUGAUACUGUCACUGAUCCAGCCAAGGAUGAAGAGGAAAAGGAGAAACGCAAGGAAGUCAAAGCUCAGGAGAAGAAAUUGAAGAUAGAGGAGAAAAAGAGGAAGCUGGCGGCUGCUUCUGAACUGCUGCGAGGGAUGAAUGCUGACGGGUUGGUUGUAGCAAGUCGGUUUCACCCAUGUCCAGUCCUGAUGGGACUAAUCAAGUUUCUGGCUCCUUCCAGGCCAUUUGUGGUGUACUCUCAGUACAAAGAGCCUCUGAUAGAGUGCUACACAAAACUCAAGGAACAAGGUGGUACCGUUAACCUCGUACUCGCUGAGUCAUGGCUUCGACAUUACCAGGUGUUGCCGAACAGGACACAUCCCAUGCUCCUGAUGAGCGGCGGUGGCGGCUACUUCCUCUCGGGGAUAACGGUUGUCACGGACCUCUCCAAACCCACUGGCUCCCAGGGCGCUGAGGGGCCAGCACCAAAGAAGCUCAAACUGACGGAGACUGAAGGAUAAACAACUGCAGGCAUGUCUGACGUUUGGAAGAUCAGUGCAGAUGAAGGCAUGGAGCUUAAGAGUGCGCUGCAAGCCAGUUAUGAUGAUCCAACCGCUCGCUUUACAUGUUAUGUAAGGCGCUGUUAAAAAUCACGAUUUUUUUUUGUUUUUUUGUGGGUUGUUGAGAAGAGGCGAUAGGUCUGCAUCGCCACCCCUGAGAUGUUCUGUGGAGAAAAAAAGUUUGUUUUUUGUUUGUUUUGUGAAUCCUCUCUGGUCUCUAGGUUUCAACCUGUAGAAUUUGUUGUUCUUCUUUAGAAAGUGCUAUUGUAGAUGCAGCCUUUUUACUGUAUUGAGAGUCCAGUCAUAAAACACAUUCGCUGUAAUUACCUUUAUGUAGUUAACUUUUUUUGUUUCAUUGAAAAGAAAUAAUUAAACAUUUGUUUGGUCCCAGAAUAAUUACUUUUAUUGAGUGCAGACUAAAUAAACAAAUGAUUAAGAACACAAUCAUUUAAAAGAGCAUUUAAAACAUUUUUGCUUUGCACACUACAUAUAUAGGUAACUGAAGAAAUCAGCCAAGCAUAUUUGAUUUUAUAUUAUUCUUAUAUAAACAUUAAAACCAUUCCCAUGCUGAUUAUGUCAAUGACAUCAAAAUAUUACAAGUACAAUGAUGGCAAGUUGUCUGAAUCUCUUUGGCAAGGCUCCAGGCUUUUUUUUUUGUAAGCAACGUAAGUACACUACGUUGAUAGUGAUAAAGCACUGGUAUCUGCCAGUAGUGGUUUGAAAUGGUGUCUGUCACCGCUCAGUCACUGUUUUCAUGCAUUUUGGCAGCAAUCUUCUGCAACUCCAUAUCCAUGGCUGCAAAAUUUUCAAGCUCUUUCUCCUAAAAAAAUAAAAACGUUGAGACA